AUGGAUUGGGCACCCCAUCAAGAUGGUCUCAACCAACUGGUCAACAUCCUCAAGCAGACCAACUCAAGCGAUCAGGAGACACAGAGGAAGAUACAGAGUGAACUCAAAACAUUCAACAAGAUUCCAGAUUAUAAUAACUACUUGACAUAUAUAUUCAAGCUCCAACAUCUGGAUGCUUACGUCAGGAAUGUGUCAGGACUCUUGUUGAAGCAGAACAUCAAGAACUACUAUCAGAACAUGCCUAGAGUGGUUCAAGAGUUCAUCAAGCGCGAGAUCGUACCCGUACUCUCUGAUCCACUUCAGAACGUGCGUCAUACCGUCGCCAACAUCAUCACCAACUUGAUUUCCAGGAGUUCAUUCGAGGAUUGGAAAGAGUUGUUGCCAAUGUUGAUGUCGGGCUUGGAUAGCCCCGACCAGAACGUUGUAGAGGGAGCACUCUACACACUCUCACUGCUUUGCGAGGACUUUACGCAACAGCUCGACAGUGAGAAGAUUGGCAGACCUCUCAAUCAGCUGAUCCCCAAGUUACUGAUGUUCCUCAAGUCGACGACACCAGUGUUUAGGGGUCGCGCGCUCUCGUCGCUGCACUUCUUCAUCCCGCACAUGCCUGGCGCACUGCUGAUCAACAUGGAGAGCUACCUGCUGGGCAUCUUCUCCCUGAGCGACGACGCAAACUCUGAUAUAAGAGUCAAGGUUUGCCGAUCGUUGGUGUCGCUGGUCUCCCUGCGAAUGGACUUCCUGAUGACCCACAUCAAACAAAUCAUCCAGUACAUGUUGCACGCAUCCAAAGACUCCAACGAGGAUGUGGCCCUUGAGGCCUGCGAGUUCUGGUCCGCCAUUGCUGACUCCCCACAUUGUGAAGAACUUCUGAAAGAGUUCCUUCCAGUCUUAAUACCAAUUCUACUUAAUGGAAUGGUGUACACAGUUGAGGAGUAUGAGUCCUUUGAGAAUGAGGAGGACACAGCAAACAUCCCCGAUCGUCCACAAGACAUCAAGCCAUUCUUUGUCAACAGCAAGGUUCACACUACUGGACCCUCUCAAGGCCAAGGAUUCGUUCAAGGUGAACAACCACAGCAACAGGAGGAUGACGAUGAUGACUAUGAUGAUGAUGAUGAUUUUGCAGAUGAUGAAUCAUGGUCAAUCCGUAAGAGCUCUGCUCUGGCUCUGGAUACAUUGUCUUCGAUAUUCGAUGCACCAACCUAUCUCUCUAUCGCGCUGCCUCUCAUCGAACAAAAGAUGCAUGAGUCCAACCAAUGGAUGGUCAGAGAGAGCGCCAUCCUGGCACUGGGCGCCAUCGCCGAGGGUUGUCUGAAGGGCCUGUCGCCACAUCUGCCCAAGGUCAUCCCCUAUCUGAUCAACAUGCUCAACGAUCCCAAGCCACUGGUUCGUUCGAUCACCUGUUGGGCACUCAGUCGUUACUCACACUGGAUCUCAGUGGAUGGUGUCGAACUCAUCCCAUUGCUCAUCGGCAACCUUCUCAACAGGAUAUUGGACAACAACAAGCGUGUUCAAGAAGCAGCAUGCAGUGCAUUCGCAACGAUCGAGGAAGACGCAGACAGGAAUCUGAUCCCAUUCUUGCCAAACAUCUUGACGACAUUUGUUCAAGCCUUCCAGAAGUAUCAGGCCAAGAACUUGUUGAUCCUCUACGACGCCAUCUCAACACUGGCCAAGGUCAUUGGCAAGGAUAUGAACAAGCCAGAGUACAUCAAUGUAUUGAUGCCACCACUUCUCCACAAGUUCCAAUCACUUGAGGAUGACAACAAGAACCUGCUCCCACUGCUUCAAUGUUUGACACCAAUAUGCUCAUCAGUUGGUCUUGGCCUUAGCGAUGUCAUCAUUGUGUUCUAUAACAGAGCACUCAAGAUCAUAAUUGAGACCUUGACAGCGAUUAAAAUAUACAAAGAGACUGAAGACGACGCAGAUGAGCCAGAUAAGGACUUCAUUGUCAGCGCUUUGGACCUGAUCAGUGGUCUGACUGAUGGAGUUGGCACGAGCAUUGAGGGUCUGGUGGCAAACAGCAACCUGCCACUUGUACUGUUGGAGUGCAUGAGAGAUAGCCACCCUGACGUCCGUCAGAGCUCCUUUGCUCUGCUUGGAGACCUGUCCAAGUUCUGCAUUGUUCACUUCAAGACCCUGAUACCAGAGUACAUCCCAAUCCUCACGCUCAACCUCUACCCCGACCAUGUGCCCGUUUGUAAUAAUGCCUGCUGGGCUCUUGGAGAGAUCUCUGUCCGCCUGCCCCAGGAGAUCAAGCCACACGUCAAGGACAUCCUUGCCAAGCUUAUCCCGAUCAUGCAGAACGUGAAGCUCAACCGCAACAUCCUCGAGAACACGGCCAUCACACUGGGCAGGAUGGGAUUGGUGUCAGCUGAUGUCUGUGCGCCACGCAUCGAGGAGUUCAUCCAGUGCUGGUGCAUGGCCAUCCGUGCCAAGAUCGACGACCAGGAGAAGGACUCGGCAUUCCGUGGCAUGUGGGUGAUCAUCAGCAACAACCCAUCGGGUGCCCUCAAGCACCUCAUCUACAUCUGCGACGCCAUUGCCAGCUGGAACAAGUUGGAGACCGACCUGAACGAUGCCUAUCGCCGUCUGCUCCACGUGUUCAAGGAGAGCAUCGGCCAGCACUGGCCACAGUACUACGCACAGUUCCCACUGCAGCUGCGCAAGAUCCUCAACGAACGAUAUCAAUUGGAAUGA